AUGGCCGCGGAACCGAUCUCCAAUACCCUUCUUGGCUCCAAGAACAAGAAGGUUGCCUACUUCUACGACUCCGAUGUGGGUAACUAUGCCUACGUGUCGGGCCACCCUAUGAAGCCUCAUCGCAUACGUAUGACGCACAGUCUUGUGAUGAACUAUGGUCUUUACAAGAAAAUGGAGAUUUACCGAGCGAAACCUGCUUCAAAGUAUGAGAUGACCCAAUUCCACACCGAUGAAUAUAUCGAUUUCCUCUCCAAGGUGACACCGGACAAUAUGGAUCACUUCUCCAAAGAACAAAGUCGAUACAACGUUGGAGACGAUUGUCCAGUUUUCGACGGGCUUUUUGAGUUCUGCGGAAUUAGUGCAGGUGGUAGUAUGGAAGGUGCUGCGCGACUGAACCGCAACAAGUGCGAUGUUGCUGUCAAUUGGGCCGGUGGUCUCCAUCACGCCAAGAAGAGUGAAGCAAGUGGCUUCUGUUACGUCAAUGAUAUUGUGCUCGGAAUUCUGGAGCUUCUGCGUUUCAAACAACGAGUCCUCUAUGUCGAUAUUGAUGUUCACCACGGUGAUGGUGUUGAAGAAGCUUUCUACACGACUGAUCGCGUUAUGACUGUUUCUUUCCACAAGUACGGCGAGUACUUCCCCGGUACUGGCGAGCUCCGUGAUAUCGGUGUUGGACAGGGCAAGCACUAUGCAGUCAACUUCCCGCUCCGUGAUGGUAUCAAUGACGUCUCCUAUAAGAGCAUUUUCGAACCUGUCAUCAAGAGUGUCAUGGAAUGGUAUCGCCCAGAGGCUGUGGUUCUUCAGUGCGGUGGUGACAGUCUUUCCGGUGAUCGUCUGGGUUGCUUCAAUUUGAGUAUGCGAGGACAUGCCAACUGCGUCAACUUCAUCAAAAGCUUUGAUCUGCCGACCCUGAUUCUUGGCGGCGGCGGUUACACGAUGCGCAAUGUCGCACGAACUUGGGCUUACGAGACCGGUAUUCUUGUUGGAGAGGGUCUUGAAUCGGAGUUGCCAUAUAAUGACUACUAUGAGUACUUUGCUCCUGAUUACGAACUUGAUGUUCGCCCUUCAAACAUGGACAAUGCCAACACCAAAGAAUACCUUGACAAGAUCCGCAAUCAAGUUGUUGAAAACCUGAAGCGCACAGCAUUUGCCCCUUCGGUCCAAAUGACGGAUGUUCCACGAAACCCGAUCUUGGAUGGCAUGGAUGAUGAGGCUGACGACGUGAUGGAUGAUCUUGAUGACGAUGAAAAUAAGGAUAAACGUUUCACUCAACGACGAUUUGAUCAAUACACAGAGAAAGCCGGUGAACUCAGUGAUAGCGAGGACGAAGAAGAAAACGCCGCCAACGGUGUCCGUCGCCAGCCUGGUGCCGUCCGCCGCCGAAACCAAGUCAACUACCGCAACCUCGAGCCGGACUCUGGGCUGGACAGUGGCAUGGCAACCCCACAAGAUGCCUCAUCUGCCGCGGACGGGGAAAUGGAUUCCACCGUGGACGCUAAAAUGGCCGAUGCCCCACGCACUGAGCCCGAAGCAGCUUCCACCGCCCCGGAAGCUUCACAUGCCGAUGAUACUCCUGUGACCGAUGCUGACCGCAUGGCUGUGGGGAAUGAUCACCAAGCAGCCUCUGUUACACCACAGCGCCAGUCACCACCCCCUCACGAUGAAGAUGCAACCAUGGAGGAUGUCGCUGCUGUUACUGAAUCCACCGGGUCGGACCAAGCUCCUGUCCAGACUGAUAUCAAGAAGCCCGUCGGAGAGACUUCUCAGGCCGAUGACGCCGUCUCCCCUCUCGGCAAGGCCAAGUCACCUUUGAACGACACUGCCGAGGCCGGCUUGAAGGGUGUUGAGUCGUCCACCGAAGUCUCCGCACCUGCUGCAGACACUGAAGCAACAACCACCAAGGAAGAAAACCCGGCACAGCCCGAAGCCCUCAAGAAAGAGGAGUGA